UGGGGAACUUGUGAAACGUUCAUGUUUUUGAAAUUAUGCAGCACAGUGCGGUUUUUCUUUUUUAAAGUGUAGCUCUUGUAACGUUUACCUCCGGCCUCCUUUAGAUUACCUCUAUUUAUUUAGGCAGACGCUUGGUUGCUUCAUGUCCCUUUAGAUAAGAGGAUAUUACAGAUGAAGCAGGUGAAGCUUGGUGGGGGUUUUCUCAAAUUUAAAGUUUCCUUUAUUCUAUGUCAUUUCAUUUUGAAAGCUAACGAUCAUCUUCUGUCACCCAGUUUCCUAAUAAGUCUAAUUUAUUUUAUCAGCAACUUUCUCCCUAAGAUGUGCUAAAAGGCACUAACAAAUAUUAUUUGAGUGACUGACGCUAAUAAGAGCCUCAGCGCUGUUUUGCAUUAACUUCAUGUCAUUUACCAUCAAGGGAAGCUUCUGAGUGGGAGACCGCCCCUGAAUCCGCCGCCGCUCCUGCUGCUGCAUCCAUCCCAACUCGCUUUCACACUUGGUUUCAUUCACACGGAGUUUUCCCACCGGGAUGGAGCCGCUUCAGCCAGCGCGCACAGCCCACGGAGAGCUCGCAGGCUUCCGCACGGCACACAUGGCUGGGAAUCUGUUGCGAACAUUUUUAUCAUCCGUCUGGAUAAUAACGCUGGUUUCUUGCGCUAGGACGAGGAUCUAUCUCCCCAAUGAAGUGACCCUUCUGGAUACCAGGACAGUGCCAGGAGAACUGAAAUGGGCAGCCAAUCCUGCAGAGGGAGGGUGGGAGGAAGUGAGCAUUAUGGAUGAGAAGAACAUCCCCAUCAGGACGUACCAGGUGUGUAAUGUUCUGGAGCCCAGUCAGAACAACUGGCUGAGAACAGACUGGAUCCCACGGUCCGGUGCUCAGCGGGUUUACGUCGAAGUCAAGUUUACUUUGAGAGACUGCAACAGCCUGCCAGGAGUCACCGGCACCUGCAAGGAGACGUUCAAUCUAUACUACCACGAGUCAAAUGAAGACAGAGAGAGCUACAUCAAAGAGAGCAGCUUCAUUAAGGUGGACACGGUGGCAGCAGACGAGAGUUUCACCCAGGUGGAUGUUGGGGACCGCAUCAUGAAGCUGAACACAGAAAUUCGAGAUGUGAAGGUCACGACAAGGAAAGGCUUCUACCUGGCCUUUCAGGACGUGGGCGCCUGCAUCGCUUUGGUUUCUGUCCGGGUUUUCUACAAAACCUGCCCUCUCACUGUCCGGAACUUGGCGACCUUUCCCGACACGGUCACCGGUGCUGACACGUCUUCCCUGGUUGAGGUCAGGGGGUCGUGCGUCAACCAAUCAGAGGAGCGAGAGGAGCCGAAAAUGUAUUGUGGAGCAGAUGGAGAGUGGUUGGUUCCUAUCGGCGGAUGUUUCUGCAAACCGGGAUAUGAAGAGCAGGGUGGCGCAUGUAAAGCAUGUUCUGCUGGUUUCUACAAGUCCAAGUCUUCAGAUCCUGGCUGCUCCAAGUGCCCUCCUCACAGCCGCUCACUGCGGGACGGUGCUAACGUUUGUGAUUGCCACACAGGAUUCUUCCGUGCAGAUUUCGACCCACCCUCCAUGGCCUGUACCCAGCCUCCCUCAGCACCACAGCAGCUCAUCUCUGUAGUGAAUGAAACAUCUGUGGUCUUGGAGUGGGCACCCCCUCGGCGGCUGGGAGGCAGAAGCGACAUCAGCUAUAGUCUGGAGUGUCUCAUAUGUCAAACCGGAAGCCAUGGUCAGCCUCCAAGAAAUCACACGGUUUCCCAGCCUGAGGUACAGCGCAGCAGCAUGGGAAUGCAGUCAGACCAAGGGAUUGUAGGACCUGAGGUUCAGCUUGGCAGAGGGGUUUUCCAGAGCAGGCCCGGUGAAUACCCAUGGCCCGGAUCAGAGUCUGCCUCCAGCACCCAGCUUUGUCUCCCCUGUGGCUCAGACGUGCUCUUCUCUCCGGACCAGACUGGCCUUCAGACCACCAGGAUGGUGGUGAGCAGGCUCCGGGCCCACACACACUACACCUUCAUUGUCUAUGCCCGCAACGGGGUUUCCCUGGUCAGCGGUGCAGGGGCAUCACAGAGUGCAUCGGUCAGCCUCACCACCAACCAAGCAGCUCCCUCUCCAGUUUCAUCCAUCCAACUCACCGACGUAACAAGGCACAGCUUGUCGUUGGCAUGGCAACAGCCCGACCGACCAAAUGGGGUCAUCCUGGAGUACGAGGUCAAGUUCUACGAAAAGGAUCAGAGGGAGAGGUCGUACCGCAUAAUGAGGACCUUCCUACGGAGUGUGGAUGUGGCGGGCCUCAACCCGCUCACUGUGUACGUGUUUCAUGUUCGCGCUCGCACAGCUGCGGGAUACGGCGAGUACAGCGCUCCGUUUGAGUUCUCCACCAAUUCAGAUCCCUUUCCAUUGAUCGGAGAAGGUGUGAACUCUGCCUUCCUGCUGCUGUCUGUCAGUGGGGUGGGAGUCUUACUGUUCAUAUCGGCGGCUGUCUUCAUCAUAAGUCGCAGGAGGAGCAAGUACAGCAAAACCAAGCAGGAUGCGGAAGAGGAGAAACAUCUGAACCCAGGAGUCAAAAUCUAUGUGGACCCGUUUACGUACGAGGACCCAGAUCAGGCCAUCCACGAGUUUGCAAAGGAAAUAGAUGUUAGCAAUAUUCAUAUCGAGAGGGUUAUUGGCAUAGGAGAGUUUGGGGAGGUGUGCAGCGGUCGGCUGCGUUCGCAGGGGAAAAGGGAGAUCUAUGUGGCCAUCAAAAGCCUGAAGGCAGGAUACUCGGACAAACAGAGGAGGGACUUCCUGUCCGAGGCGUCCAUCAUGGGUCAAUUUGACCACCCGAACAUCAUCAGACUGGAAGGUGUCGUCACGAGGUGCAAGCCUCUGAUGAUAAUUACAGAAUACAUGGAAAAUGGAUCUCUGGAUGCCUUUUUACGUAAACACGACGGCCAGUUCACAGUGAUCCAGCUGGUUGGUAUGCUGCGCGGCGUUGCCUCGGGUAUGAAGUACCUGUCAGACAUGAGCUACGUUCACAGAGACCUGGCGGCUCGAAACAUCCUGGUCAACAGCAACCUGGUGUGUAAGGUGUCCGACUUCGGCCUGAGCCGAGUUCUGGAGGAUGACCCCGAGGCCGCCUACACUACGAGGGAGGCAACUGGGUCCUAUCUGUCCCCCGGAGGGAAGAUCCCCAUCAGAUGGACAGCUCCAGAGGCUAUCAGCUACAGGAAGUUCACCACGGCCAGUGACGUGUGGAGUUAUGGGAUAGUCAUGUGGGAGGUGGUUUCAUAUGGAGAGAGGCCAUACUGGGACAUGAACAACCAGGAUGUGAUUAAAGCGAUAGAAGAAGGAUACAGGCUGCCUGCUCCCAUGGACUGCCCUGUGGUGCUCCAUCAACUCAUGCUGGACUGUUGGGAGAGAGAGCGAGGAGACAGACCCUCCUUCAGCCAGAUCCUCAACAUGUUGGAUAAACUUAUACGCAACCCUGGCACCCUGCGGCGCACAGGAGGGGACAGACCUCCGGGGACCAUGCUGGAGUCCAGGGUGGGAUCAGAGGUGUGUGUGUCUGUUGUACCAGAGGUGUGUGUGCCACCGUGGUCGAUGUAUGAAUGGCUGCAGUCCAUUGGGUUGGAGAGAUACAGAGACGUCCUUGCAGCUGCAGGAUACUCCAGCCUUGAAAGCCUCCUGGCUCUCACACACCAGGAGAUGGACAGACUUGGAAUAAUCACACCGUCACAUCAGGACAUACUAAUUGCGAGUGUGCAGCAGGAAAUGUUGUCCCAAAUGCAACACAUGCAACACUCUAUGGUCCCGGUCUGAACUGGUGAGCAGUUACAAACCUGUUUUUUGAGAAGAAUUUUAUUUACCUCAUCUGUGCACUUUAGAGGAACUGUUCACCAGUGGAAGUACAAGAAGUGAAGGCAAAUAAAAAGAAAACUAUAACGAGGAGCACUUUUGUGAACUUCCAUCAUGUGGAGCUUUCUACAAACCCUGAUCUGGACGUGGGCACAGACAGCACUUAGCUUCUGAGAGCUUAGUCUGAUGCCUCAUCCUGUUUUUCUAGCUCUGAUUUCGCCUCUUUUCUUUUUUUUUCUUAUCUGUUUGGUGAAGGCUGACAUGUGCAUAAGCAGAAUGGCUUCCAGGGUUUUUUUGGGGGGGGUUGCGCUUCACUUGAAUUAAAUGUAUUUUUUUUGUUUGUUUGUUUUAUCUGAUGAACGUGUGCGCGCGUGUGUGUGUGUGUGUAUACACUGUGUAGCAUGAAACCAUUCAACAUGAACUCUCCUUGUUAAGAUGAGUCGGCUGUCUUCAUGUAAUCUUAAUAUGCAAAGUUUAAGAGAUAGCAGGAGGACUCAGACAGAAUGUAUCACUUUGAGCUCUUACUGAUUUCACACCAGUGGAUUGUUCUGAUCAAAAUCUGAUUUGAUUGUUUUUCUUAAUCUUUUUUUUUUCAGAUUGAACAAACUAUUGCUUUUGUUGAUUUAGAGACAGUUAGAUUAGAAUGUCAUUCAUCUGUGUCUAUAUAUACACACACUCUUUGAUGCUGAGGAUUAGCUACUUGAAGCAUUUUGUCUAUUUAUGGUCCUUUUUUUAUCAAGUUUGUACAUUGUAAAAUAGAAACGCUGAGGAGAUGUAAUGAGUGCCAUAUUGCGUUGCAAUAAAUGCCAAACUCAUUGGUGUA